AUGAAAUGCAGGAAAUGCAAUUCAGACGUCUUGGAAUCAUUUCGCUUUUGUCACCUUUGUGGUACUGUACUUAGUGUGGAAUUACAGAAAACGAAUGGAUCGAAUGUUUCAGAUUCUACGAGUAGCCAAUGUGGAAAAUUCACAACAUCCACAAUUUCAAAUACACCACCUGGUCCACCUAGUCAGCCAAAAACUCCUAUACUUUCCUUCAAUGAAUUUCGGAAACGAAAGUCGGACGAAAGGGUACAGCAUGCGGCAAAAAAGAAAGAAAAAAAUCCCCCAAAGGAAGUUCUAAUUGGAAAAGGAAUAAUGACUUUGACAAAAGGGGAAUUAAAACCCAUGAAAGGCAAAGCCAAGAUGGUCCGAGUUUCUGCAACCAUUCGCAAGUUAGAACUUCUUAAGGUGUCAUACGAAAAACACUGUGCACACGAUCGUAAUUUCGAUAAAGAAGCAGAUUAUACACUUGUUUACCCAGAUGGCACAGAAAUUUUGACCCUUCCAGACCAUCCUGACCAUAUAUUUCAAUUGGAUGAGUAUCAAAAAGAUGUUGGCAAGGCAUUUAAUCGCAUUACACUGUUCCUUUUGAAACGAAGUGAUCAGGAACUUUAUAACCAGUUACAGCAAGACAAUGGCAGUGACACUGAUAGUGACUCAGUUCCUGAAAAGGAAAGCCAUAUUAGGCAGAUGUCUGUGAUUGAAUCAUUUGCUCGUGCUGGUUCAACUUCUAUACAAACAAACAGUCCCUCAGUGCAAGUCUCUACCAAAACAUCAACAUUGAUGUCGCAUGAUUCGAUUGUUGUUGACGACCACAACCAAGGUUGCUCAAGCUCACAGGUAGAGAUUGAUUUACCUUCUGGAAAAUCAGGAUUUUCUAGGGGCUUUCAAAGCUUGAAAGAAAUGUUCCCCACUAAGAAUGAAUGUGAAUUGAGGCAGGCAGUUGAUGCAACUGGAUCUUUGGAAGGAGUAAUUAACUUGCUAGUAGAAGUUCAAGACAGAUCAGUGAGUGACUUGUAUGGGUCUUUAUUGAGUGAAGAAUGUGAGGAUAACAAUGAUAUUUACCAUGAUGAAGACGAGCCAUUACAUGAAUCAAAAACAUUGUAUACAGUGAAUGAAAGGCUAACUGAAAAGCUUAAAAACUGGAAGGAACUUAAUAUGGAUAGCUCAGGGAACUUGAGAAUGAAAGUUAGCAGGCAGAAUGUUUGGGAAGAAUCCCUUAUCAAGCUAGGAAGAGCAAAAGAGGAUGUAUGCAAACCUAUCAAGGUUCAAUUCAUCGGAGAACCAGCUGUAGAUCAAGGUGGGCCAUCACGGGAAUAUUUUGGGCUGGUAAAUUCUGCUGCUCAAGAAAGGUUGAUGUCACAGUCUGUUUUUAAACACAAUAUCUCAGCCUUACAACAAAGGGAGUAUUAUGCAUUUGGACAGCUUACUGCCCUUGGCAUAUUACAAGGAUCUCCAGGCCGUAGAUGUUUCUCUAAGACUGUAGUUGAUUACAUUUUGACAGGAAAUAUUGAAGACCUCAUGCCAUCUAUUGCUGAAAUCCCAAAUCAUGACAUAAAGACCAGUCUUAUUGAAUUGAAUGAACUCUCAAAUGCUGAUGAAUUCAGAGAAAAAGCAAGCUUUGAAAGUGGAUUCCGAUUUGAAGCAGGCUACACAAAGCCAUUUGUGACAAUGUCUGAUAAAGAUGAGUUUCUCAGAUGCAUUGCACUUCACUACACUGUGCUUGUGCCAUUGAGUGAACUUAACCAGUUUGUUGAUGGUUUGAAGACUUGCAAUAUUUUGCAGUUAUCCGAGAAGAUCCAGAUAUGUUCAGAAGUCUAUUUGAAGUGUCAAACACCAAGCUAA